UCGUCGCAUGGACUGACAUGGCUACCGACCUCGCCAUGAGCGCAGAGCUGCCGAACAGCCCCCUGGCCAUCGAGUACGUCAACGACUUUGACCUCAUGAAGUUUGAGGUGAAGAAGGAGCCGCCGGAGGCCGACCGCUACUGCCACCGCCUCCCGUCGGGCUCCCUGUCCUCCACCCCGAUCAGCACGCCCUGCUCCUCCGUGCCUUCCUCGCCGAGCUUCUGCGCACCGAGCCCGGGCGCGCAGCCCAACCAGAGCCUGACCAGCGGGGUCAACAGCAGCAGCAGCAGCAACAACAGCAGCAACAACAACAACAACAACAACAACAACAGUCACGGCAACGCGGGCAAGCCUCAGCUGGAGGAUCUGUACUGGAUCCCCAGCUACCAGCACCACAUCAACCCGGAGGCGCUCAACCUGACCCCGGAGGACGCGGUGGAGGCCCUGAUCGGCAACGCGCACCACCACCACCACCACCACCAGGCCUACGACGGCUUCCGCGGGCAGCAGUACGUCGGGGAGGACCUGUCCACGGCGUCGACGGCCCACCACCACCACCACCAGGGCCACCACCACCACCAUCACCACCACCACGCCCGCCUGGAGGACCGCUUCUCCGACGACCAGCUGGUCAGCAUGACGGUGCGGGAGCUGAACAGGCAGCUGCGGGGCUUCAGCAAGGAGGAGGUGAUCCGCCUGAAGCAGAAGAGACGCACCCUGAAGAACCGCGGCUACGCGCAGUCCUGCCGCUUCAAACGCGUGCAGCAGAGGCACAUGCUCGAGACCGAGAAGUGCACGCUGCAGAGCCAAGUGGAGCAGCUGAAGCAGGACGUGGUGCGCCUCGCCAAGGAGAGGGAUCUUUACAAGGAGAAGUAUGAGAAGCUGGCCAGCCGGACCUACACAGCUGGUGGAGCCGGGAACACGAGAGAUCCGUCCGGGAAACAGGCCAACGCUGAGUUCUUCAUGUGAGAGACUGCCGAGGUGUAUAGCAUAGACUCUGAAUUACAGCCCCGACUAAACAAUCCUCGUUGCAUUCAUUUCUAUUUUUCUGCGUCUCUAUUUUGUUUACAGUUAUUCCCUUUUGAAAGAGACUUCAAAACUCACAAGUAAACAAACAACGCAUAUUAGAUGCGCACAAAAGUAAUCCUUGUGCGCAUUGUGAGUUUUCAAGAUGUUUUUGGCUAAACU